AGCCGCGGCGUAACGGCAGCCAUCUUGUUUGUUUGAGUGAAUCGGAAAGGAGGCGGCGGCAGAGCGGCGUCGGGAGCGGCUCCGCAGCUUCACUUCUCCAGAGUUCCCCCUUUCCCCGCCCCCUCCCCCGACCCUUUUCCCCCCUCCCCGGGCCACGCAGCCCGCCCCGCUCGCGGCGGAGAACCGGUUUCCUCUUGUUUCAUAGAAAACCAGAAUCAUGUUCUACGCACAUUUUGUUCUCAGUAAAAGAGGGCCUCUGGCCAAAAUUUGGCUGGCAGCCCACUGGGAUAAGAAGCUAACCAAAGCCCAUGUGUUCGAGUGUAAUUUAGAGAGCAGUGUGGAAAGUAUCAUCUCACCAAAGGUCAAGAUGGCACUGCGAACAUCAGGACAUCUCUUACUGGGAGUAGUUCGAAUCUAUCACAGAAAAGCCAAAUACCUUCUUGCAGACUGUAAUGAAGCAUUCAUUAAGAUAAAGAUGGCUUUUCGGCCAGGUGUUGUUGACCUGCCUGAGGAAAAUCGAGAAGCAGCCUACAAUGCCAUUACUUUACCUGAAGAAUUUCACGACUUUGAUCAGCCACUGCCAGACUUAGAUGACAUCGAUGUAGCCCAGCAGUUCAGCCUGAACCAGAGCAGAGUGGAAGAGAUAACCAUGAGAGAAGAAGUUGGGAACAUCAGUAUCCUACAAGAAAAUGAUUUUGGUGACUUUGGAAUGGAUGAUCGUGAAAUAAUGAGAGAAGGCAGUGCUUUUGAGGAUGACGAUAUGUUAGUAAGCACUAGUGCUUCUAACCUCCUCUUAGAGCCUGAACAGAGCACCAGCAACCUGAAUGAGAAAAUUAACCAUCUAGAAUACGAAGACCAAUAUAAAGAUGAUAAUUUUGGAGAAGGAAAUGAUGGUGGAAUAUUAGAUGAUAAACUGAUUAGUAAUAACGAUGGUGGCAUCUUUGAUGAUCCCCCCGCCCUCUCAGAGGCAGGAGUAAUGUUGCCAGAGCAGCCUGCUCAUGAUGAUAUGGAUGAGGACGAUAACGUAUCAAUGGGUGGGCCUGAUAGUCCUGAUUCAGUAGAUCCUGUUGAACCAAUGCCAACUAUGACUGAUCAAACUACACUUGUUCCAAAUGAGGAAGAAGCAUUUGCUUUGGAGCCCAUUGAUAUAACUGUGAAAGAAACAAAAGCCAAGAGGAAGAGGAAGCUAAUUGUUGACAGUGUAAAAGAGUUAGAUAGCAAGACCAUUCGAGCCCAGCUUAGUGAUUAUUCUGAUAUUGUUACAACUUUGGAUUUGGCACCACCCACCAAGAAAUUGAUGAUGUGGAAAGAGACAGGAGGAGUGGAAAAACUUUUCUCUUUACCUGCUCAGCCAUUAUGGAAUAACAGACUACUGAAGCUCUUUACACGCUGUCUUACACCACUUGUACCAGAAGACCUUAGAAAAAGAAGGAAAGGAGGAGAGGCAGAUAAUUUGGAUGAGUUCCUCAAAGAAUUUGAAAAUCCAGAGGUUCCUAGAGAAGAUCAACAGCAGCAGCAUCAACAGCGUGAUGUUAUUGAUGAGCCCAUACUGGAGGAGCCAAGCCGCCUCCAAGAGUCAAUCGUGGAAGCUAGCAGAACAAACUUGGAUGAGUCUGCCAUGCCCCCACCUCCACCUCAGGGAGUUAAGCGAAAAGCUGAACAAAUUGACCCAGAGCCAGUGAUGCCUCCUCAGCAGGUAGAACAGAUGGAAAUACCACCUGUAGAGCUUCCCCCAGAAGAACCUCCUAAUAUCUGUCAACUAAUACCAGAGUUAGAACUUCUACCAGAGAAAGAGAAGGAGAAAGAGAAGGAAAAAGAAGAAGAGGAAGAGGAGGAAGAUGAAGAUGCUUCAGGGGGUGAUCAGGAUCAAGAAGAAAGGAGAUGGAACAAAAGAACUCAGCAGAUGCUCCAUGGCCUUCAGCGAGCCCUUGCUAAAACUGGAGCUCAGUCUAUCAGUUUGCUUGAAUUAUGUCGAAACACAAACCGAAAGCAGGCUGCAGCGAAAUUCUACAGCUUUUUGGUUCUUAAGAAGCAGCAAGCUAUUGAGCUGUCACAGGAGGAGCCUUACAGUGAUAUCAUUGCAACACCUGGACCACGGUUCCAUAUUAUUUGAGGAGCUAGUGUUCAUACACUAGUGAAUUCAAAUUGCCCCCCGUGUGUAGGGCACACAAAACCCUUUAAGAGAAUUGUUAGAUUUUUGUCUGUAUAAAAUAUCUGCAUUUUCUUUUUUCAUUUUUUCCAGUAAUUUUAAUUUGCCCAUUUCAUCAUUAAAGGAAACUGCUUAUAGGAACUAAGACCCAGAACAUUAUUUUAACUACUUUCAGAACAGAAGUGUGCAAUCUUGGUGCACUAAGUAAUACUGAAUAACAGUCAAAAGUCAUUACUUUUCAUCUUAAUUCUCAAUUACUGUGUUGAAAAGGAAAACCUGACAUUUGAAUUAGAAACUGUGGUGUCCAUCCUUUUGACUAGAAGAGACAACUCUUUCCAUCAAUAAAAGCAACAGUUUGAUUAACCCAGAUCCUGGGCAUAGUACCUGAAACAGUAGAAACCUUGCGACUUUCAGCAUUAGUUCCCUAAGGAGCACAAGUAUGUAAAUUUGCACUGAGCCUUACUGACCUUUGGCUAUCAAAAAAAAAAAGGUUCCACUUGGUUUAGAUCAUUGUGGUUUGCCAAUCAUUCCAUUUAACCUUUUUUGGUAAAUUUUACUGUCCCAAAUUAUGUUGUCUUAGUGCAGCUCCAUAAUAAGUAAAAAUGGGCUUGGGACUGUUAAAGCAUUUCUAACUUUCCAGGAGCUAUAAACCAGAUUUAAAGAUGUUUUGAGUAUUCAGAUCAUCAAAAUAGAAAAUUCCCUAAAGGGACAUAACGAUGGAAAAUUAAACAGGUUGACUUAACCUUUAAGCAAACAAUGCUGUAAAAACUAAUGGCUUCUCUGAUAUUUAUUACAAAUGUUAGUACCCAUCUCUUUCCAGUGCUGCACACUCCUCUGUUUGGAAUUCUUCAAUAGCUCUUUGCUGAAAUCCUAUAUUUGGUUUCCUAUAAUUUAAGAAAAACAGAUCCAGGUAAAAGCUGUAUUAUUAACAGACCAGAUAGUACCACAAAUUAUAUGACUAUUAUAAUUAUCAAAGCACGACUUAACUUUUUAGGGAAAAAUUAUACUGAAAAGUUCUGGCUUAAGUCUUGGCACUUUUGUGGGAAAAAUAAAAUCACUUAAAAUUCAGACUUCCAUGUAUACCCAGUAAUUUAAAAUUGUGUGAAAUAUUUUGAAUUUGUGAACUCGUAAUUACUGUUUUAAUAAUUCAGUUUAAGGAUGGUAAUUGUUUAAAAUUGCUAUUGAAGUUUUAUUUUCAAUAUGAUGUGCCUGUAAACCAUGGGUUUCCCCCUUGUAAAAAGACAUUGUAGAUAAUUGAAUGUUUGAUUAUAGAAAGGUCAUUAGUUUGUUACACAUUUUGUUAGUCUGGUUUUUGUUGCUUUUUGGGUUUAAUAUUGUUCUUGAAAAUAGUUGAUGCUAUGUUAUGUAUAACUUUUCUAAUAAAAAUUGUGUUUAUAAGCUGUA